AACUUUGGGAUGUUAAAAUAGGGCAAGACUUCUGGUUGGAUGAAUCAGCAUCAUUUACCUCUGAAACUGACUUCUGUUUUCUAGACUAGAUACUCCAGCUUUCCAGUUGUGCUGGUUUUCUAAGUAAAUUCUGCCAAAGAAAAUAGCAGGAAAAGCUGGAGAAAAUUACUAGGUCUGAGAUCUGCUUGUCAAUUAACCAAAGGAAUUUCAGGUGAAUAUCGAUGGUCUGCUGGGGACAUACUUUAGUGAACAGAAAUUUUCUGAGGUUGUAAAACACCUAUCUAACAUCAAGGAACACAGGUUGUAAAGAUGAUCUGGGGUUUGUUUUUGCUGCUCUUUGGAAAUGCUGUCUGCCAGUACAGCUGCCCCCAGAAGUGCCUCUGCAGUCUUCUGCUGACAGAUUGCCGCUUUGCCAACCUUUCGGACAUUCCCCAGGGAAUAGCUCAAGACACAGAGACUCUCUUUCUGAAUGAGAAUUACUUAACCCAAGUUCCCCCGGGAAUCCUUCAGCCCCUUGUUAAUCUCACUUUUCUUGGCUUGUCCCACAACAAACUCUCCCUGCAGAAUGACACCUUCGACGAUAUUGGCAGAAGCAUCCUUGCCCUGGAUCUGGCUGGCAACAAUCUGAUGGAGCUUCCACCUGCCUUGUUUCGAGGCACAAAGCACCUUGUUUGGCUAAACUUGGCUGAAAACAGACUUGCUGUGCUCGAUGGGAAGAUUUUUGCCUCCUUGGAAAGACUGACUUACUUGGACCUCUCUCAAAACAGACUGCAGUUGUCAGUAAAUAUGUUGAUGGGUCUUUCUCAGCUAGAUACGUUAAUGAUGGCUGGUAAUCAUCUUCAGACACUCCCUGCUGGGGUCUUUGAUCCCGUUCCUAACUUGAAGAUCCUUGAUAUUUCCAAUAAUGAAAUAAGCAGUUUACCAGAUAACUUAUUUGAAAACUUGACAAACCUUAGUGAUUUGCUCCUUGACAAUAAUAGUUUCAAGAAGAUUCCAUUUUCUGCAGUCAAGAUCCUCCCCAAGUUAGAACAUUUCUCAAUAUCUGGGAAUAGCAUCCAAAAUAUCCCUCCCCUUUCGGUCAUUGGUGAAUCUAGCUUAAGGCGGCUUGACCUGUCAAAUAAUUUGGUGUCUGACCUUCCCUUGAAUUUCUUCUCAGUGUUAAGGCAGCUGGAAUUUCUGAGUCUCUCUGGAAAUAACAUAAACGCUCUCCCAGGAGACAUAUUUGUACAUAACACUCAGCUAGCAUUUUUGCAUUUGGACAGAAACCAAUUUCAUACCCUGCCCAUCUUUUCAGGACUGCAAAGACUCAAAGAGUUAAGAUUGUGUUGCAAUGGUAUAGAAAAUUUGCCCAGAACCUUCAUAGACAAAAUGUAUGAAUUAGAACUGCUGGAUCUCUCCAACAACAAUAUAACAGAGACCAAAGGGUUGGAUUCUAAUACAACACAAAUAAUUUUGACUGGGAAUCCAGUCUGUACAAACUCAAUGAUUUCCAAAACACAUUGUUAAAAAUCCCUGUGGCAAGACAAAAAUAAAAGGGAUAGCAAUGGAUAUGUUAAUUAUUUACUUUUGCUAAUGAAAAUAAAAGUUAAAUGUAUA